AUGACAGGUUCAUUAACUUCCGGAUACUUCCUAGUGACGCAUUGUGAGGACAGGCGAUUUAGGGACGAUGGGUGGUCGACUGGGAGGAAGGCAAUUGCACCGCCACCAUCGACUCCUGGCUCUCACCGUCAUCAUGCUCUAGGAUCCAAGUAUUAUCCACCCGACUUUAUGGAGAGAAACAUGGCAGUCCCAAUCCUUACAGAGGCAAACACGCGCUGGGCGACAGAGCUCGAAAGAUUGACCAAGGCAUUCUAA